AUGUCUGCACGUAAGAAACAUGUAAUUGACUGGAAGACAGUAAACGGCGCAUUUUCAAAACCGAGACGACUUCAUUUGGUCCAAGGUAGCGAUGGUUUGAACCGUUGUCCAAUACUUAGCUGCGAUCAUCCAGGAUUCGCAAGCCGAAGAGGCUGUCGCAAGCAUGUUAAAACAAUACAUGCCUGGUAUUACUAUUUCGACGAGAAGCCAAAUGUAGCCGUCGAUACUUCGGUCAUUUCUGCUGCCGCAAAUGUUGCAAACGGAAAAGGUUCAAACGUCCCGAGUUGUUCGACAGACAACGACUUCGCACGGUCGUUCUCGCAGUGGCUACAAAGCAGUUGUGGCGGGGGGAAAUCUCGUAAACAAUCGGACAUUUCAGUAUCGAGAGCCUUGAAGUUUGUAAAAUUUUGCUGCGACCAGAGUGCCGAGGCGGAAGAUGACGUGCUCUCCUCUACCAAUUCCAUCGACUACAUCUUGGGAUGCCCCCAGCUUUUGACAAAUUUUGUUGACAGUCUGGACACAAAAUGGGGUACUGGACAAUCUGGACGGAUUGCUUACGUGACAAGCAUAUCGGACUUACUGGAUUUUGGAAAGUUCAAUUCACCGCCCUCAUCUGUUCUUCAAAACUUUGCCGUAACCGAGGUUUAUGUGAAGAGAGCACGAAAGUGUUUGGCGAAGGACAUGAGAUCAAAUUGGACAACCGAUUUAGACAUAGAAACGCUGGAAUCGCAUCGAAGUUGGGCAAGCCUUUCUGAAGUACAAUCCGUGAUUCCAUUUCACAAGGAACGUUACCAAUCUGUUUUAGAAAUGUGCAUGGAAAAUCCUGAUUCAGUAAAGCCUUGCGACGUAACGUUUGCCACCUGA